UUUCAGCUCUCAGGAAGUGACACUCAGACACUCACUGCCUCUGAGAGGUGAAAUGGCGCAGAAAGGAGUUCAGCUGGACCGGGAAACCUUCUCUUGUCCGAUCUGUCUGGAUCUGCUGAAGGACCCGGUGGCUUUUCCCUGUGGACACACAUACUGCAUGAAGUGUAUUGAAGGCGUCUGGGAUGGAGAGGAUGAGAAGAAGAUCCACACCUGCCCCCGGUGUAGGCAAAGCUUUUCACCAAGGCCUGUCCUGCUGAAAAACACCAUGUUAGCAGCUUUAGUGGACGAGCUGAAGAAGACUGGACUCCAAGUUGCUCCUGCUGAUCACUGCUAUGCUGGAGCUGAAGAAGUGGCCUGUGAUGUCUGCACUGGGAGAAAACUGAGAGCUAGUCAGUCCUGUCUUGUGUGUCUGGCCUCUUCCUGUGACAAACACCUCCAGCCUCAUUAUGAAGUAGCUCCAUUAAAAAAACACAGGCUGGUGGAGCCCUCCAAGAUGCUCCAGGAGAACAUCUGCUCUCGUCACUACAAGGAGAUGAAGAUGUUUUGCCGUACUGAUCAGCAGUGUAUCUGUUAUCUCUGCUCUGUGGAUGAACAUAAAGGCCACGACACAGUGUCCGCUGCAGCAGAGAGGACUGAGAGGCAGAGAGAUCUGGAGGGGAGGCGACAAAACAUCCAGCAGAGGAUCCAGGACAGAGAGAAGGAGGUGAAGCUGCUUCAGCCGGAGGUGGAGGCCGUCAACCGCUCUGCUGAUAAAGCAGUGGAGGACAGUGAGAAGACGUUUACUGAGUUGAUCCGUCUCAUGGAGAAAAGAAGCUCUGAUGUGAAGCAGCAGGUCAGAUCCCAGCAGAAGGGGGAAGUGAGUCGAGUCAAAGAGCUUCAGGAGAUCUCUGAACUGAAGAGGAGAGACGCUGAGCUGAAGCUGCUCUCUCACACAGAGGACCACAACCAGUUUCUGCACAACUACCCCUCCCUGUCACCUCUCAGUGAACCUACACACUCAUCCAGCACCAACAUCGGUCCUCUGCGCUACUUUGAGGUCCUGACGGCAGCCGUGUCAGCACUCAGAGACAAACUAGAGGACGUCCUGAGAGAUGAAUGGACAGACGUCUCAUCAACUGAAGUAGAUGUUUUACUGUCACCAGCAGAGCCCACCACCAGAGCUGUGUUUUUAAAAUAUUCACAGGAAAUCACACUGGACCCAAACACAGCACACACACAGCUGUUGUUAUCUGAGGGGAGCAGAAAAGCAACAAAUAUGGGAAAACAUCAGUUUUAUUCCAGUCAUCAAGACAGAUUCACUGUAUAUCCUCAGGUCCUGAGCAGAGAGAGUCUGAUGGGACGUUGUUACUGGGAGGUGGAGUGGAGAGGGGGAGUACUUUUUAUAGCAGUCGCGUACAAGAAUAUCAGCGGGUGUGAAUGUGGAUUUGGAAACAAUGACAAAUCUUGGGCUUUGUUUUAUCAACAAUACAGUUAUACAUUUUGUUACAACAGCAUCAACACUCCCGUCUCAGGUCCUCAGUCCUCCAGAGUAGGAGUGUACCUGGAUCACAGAGCAGGUAUUCUGUCCUUCUACAGCAUCUCUGAAACCAUGACUCUCCUCCACAGAGUCCAGACCACAUUCACUGAGCCGCUACAUGCUGGACUUUUGCUUUAUAACCCUGGAGACACAGCAGAGUUGUGUCAACUGACAUAGCCUAAAGUCCUUUGAGGAACUCUUCUACUUCUUAAUGUCACCGUGUGUCCAUCAGAGCUGAUUGUUCAUGUGUUCACUGCGCAGAGAUCAGCUGUCAAUCAAACAUUAUGGGUGGUGCUUUAUCUUCUAAUGAGUUGUUCUGUAAAUGUUGGAGGUUCUUUAGGCGGCGCUCCUUCCUGUGUCUGUGUCUGUUACUGCUCAGGAUGAUUUAUGAUUGUUAAUAAAAGAGCUAAGAGAGGUGAAAA